GAAAAAUGCCACAGGAAAUUGUGGCCUUCCCCGUGGGUCAGGCAGGCCCAUCCAGCCAGGGGUCAUUCCCCAACUCCACCAUGGAGACUUGUGUGUUCGCCAGUCACAUCCGAAAAAUGGUAGUGGAGAAAGGAAACCUGGCUUUCCCUAGGGAAGAGCCAGGUUCCCUAAUGUGUUACCCCAUCACAUGCAGAAAAAUGGUGGAAAACCCAGAGCCCAUUUUGGAAGAGGAGUGGAUCUCACACCACCCCAUGUCAGCCGGGGAAUACAUGAUGCUACCCAGCACAUCCAAAUUCAGGCAAGAUCGAGAAAAAGACCUGGACUUCUUUCCCCCAGAAAGAAGACAGUACUUUGCAGCUCAAGAACUGCCACCGCUAGUGACAAGAGAAUUUUUGUCUAGUGACAGUGAGAGUGAGAGUGAACAUGAAAGUGCAGAGAAUAAAGAAGAAAGUGCGUGUGAAAUAGCCAAAAGACUGGUGGAAGAGAUGAAGUUAACAGACUCAGAAACAGAAGACAAACCAGAAGAAAGCACGAAUAAGAGCAGCGAAAUGGAAACAGAAGUUGACAAAUUAGAAGCAGAGAUAAACAGAGUUGAUGUGGAGAUGGAGGAGAGUGAGAUCCAAGAAGAAAUGAUAGCAGAAUUUGAGGAAAUAGACAGAAAAAUGGAGGAGGAGAAGAUAGCUAUCCAAGAAUUAGAAGAGAAGUUAAAGAAAGCCAGGGAACACAAGAACGCAGAAAUCGUUUGUGGUGGUUUGAAUUUAAACAUGCCAUGGAAACUUGUGCCACUCACCUUGGAAAAACCCACGGGCAGACAGGAAUGGUUGGACGAUAUCAUCCGUCAGCGAGAAAUAGAGAAGGGAGAACUGAAGGUUCACCCUAAUGAUCCACGAAAGAAAGUAAGAUGCAGAAAGUGCAACAAAAGAUAUCAUAAGGCCAGUGAGUGCAACAAGAAAUGAGCUUCAA